AUGGCGGACGGUGACGGCUUAGGUGAAGCAACGGCAACUGCGGCGUCUCCUCCUGCCCCUGCUCCCGGCCUGAGCCCGCCGCUGGGCUGGAGGGAGCGGCUGCGGGCCGGGCUGGCGGGCACUGGGGCCUCGCUGUGGUUCGUGGCGGGGCUGGGGCUGCUUUACGCUCUGAGGGUCCCGCUGAGGCUGUGUGAGAAUUUGGCAGCGGUGACAGUAUUUUUAAAUUCAUUGACGCCCAAAUUCUAUGUGGCACUUACAGGGACAUCUUCUUUGAUAUCAGGACUAAUAUUUAUAUUUGAAUGGUGGUACUUCCAUAAGCAUGGCACAUCUUUUAUUGAGCAAGUAUCUGUAAGCCAUUUGCGACCACUGAUGGGAGGAACAGAAGGCAGCAUUUCAGAGCCAGGUUCUCCUUCCAGCAGCAGAGAAAGUGAAACCAGCAGACAGAAUUUGUCAGAAUGCAAGGUAUGGAGAAAUCCUCUAAAUCUUUUCAGAGGAGCAGAAUAUAGGAGAUACACUUGGGUGACUGGUAAAGAGCCACUUACAUACUAUGACAUGAAUUUGUCAGCUCAGGACCAUCAGACCUUUUUCACCUGUGACACGGACUUUUUACGUCCUUCAGACACAGUUAUGCAGAAGGCAUGGAGGGAAAGAAAUCCUCCAGCUCGAAUCAAAGCAGCCUAUCAAGCUUUAGAAUUAAACAAUGACUGUGCUACUGCAUAUGUUCUACUGGCUGAGGAAGAAGCAACAACUAUUGUAGAUGCUGAAAGGUUAUUUAAACAGGCACUCAAGGCAGGAGAAACAAUUUACAGGCGGUCACAACAGUGCCAGCACCAAAGUCCUCAGCAUGAAGCUCAACUGAGGAGAGAUACCAAUGUACUGGUGUAUAUUAAAAGAAGACUGGCAAUGUGUGCAAGAAAAUUAGGAAGAAUAAGAGAAGCAGUAAAAAUAAUGAGAGAUUUGAUGAAAGAAUUUCCCCCUCUUACCAUGUUGAACAUCCAUGAAAAUCUCCUAGAAUCACUUUUAGAAUUACAGGCCUAUGCAGAUGUCCAAGCAGUUCUAGCAAAAUAUGAUGAUAUAAGCCUUCCAAAGUCAGCAGCCAUCUGUUAUACAGCAGCACUAUUGAAGACAAGGACUGUUUCAGAUAAGUUUUCUCCAGAAACAGCCUCCAGAAGAGGGUUAAGCACAGCAGAAAUUAAUGCUGUGGAAGCAAUUCAUAGAGCUGUGGAAUUUAAUCCUCAUGUUCCAAAACGUUUCAUCAUGUUUCUGUUUACCCAAAGAAGGAGCUUCCUUUUUUCAUCCAUUUCACAGCAGGACUAUGUUCUUCUACAGCAAUGAUAGCUCUUCUCACACACCAGUUUCCUGAAAUCAUGGGUGUUUUUGCUAAAGCUGUAAGUAUGAUCUCAAGGACUUGUGCAGAGUAUUUGUAAAACACACAAGAAACCAUCUCUGAUCUGUUUGUGCUUAACCAGCUGAGCAGUGAAGAUAUUUGUUAUAGUAAAUUACAGGAAUUGAUUUGUAAAGUUGCUGCCAUAAAUAUGUCAAACAUAAGAUUUUGGUGAUUUGAGCUGUAUUUUUGUUGCUUAGAAGUUUAGAGAAUACAAUGGCAUAACAUUAUAAAGUUGGUCUUUGUAGAUCACUUUUGGUGGUAAGCAUAGCCCUUGUUACUAGCUAAAGAAUAAUCCACACCUUUUAAAUGCAUUUUCUUCGGCAUUUAAAAAAAAUCCCUUGUUUUGUACAGAAGCCUUUUGAUUUUUCCAUUUAAAUGAAAUCAUUAGUUCUCAGGAUUUGGUGAACGUUAAAUUCAAGAGUGCAACUAGGAUGAAGAAUAAGUAGGUAAGGUGGGACAGUUGCGACAUUUGCCCUGGGUUCAGAAUGUGCCUCUUUACUCAAAAUUUCUCCCUGUUUUUAUAUCUACAUGUUCUUCUUGAUCUCCCAACCUUGGGUGUAGAACCAUGUACAGACCUUUAUUUUUAUUUUUACCCUUUAGUUUUGAACUGCUUCCCCAUUUCUGGACCCAGGUCCAGAAAGUAUUUGAGGACUGAUAUUAGAGAGAGUAUCCCAUGAUUUUUUACUUUUCUACAUAAACCUGUUAAUUAAUGUCACUGGCUCAAAGCAAAAUUACCAAAGAUAAGUCCCUGUAAGUCUCCAAGCCUUUUAAAAAAUGUGUCUUGUAUAUCUUUGUAUUUUUACCAACUAAUAAGAAUUCAAACCCCAAAAGAAAAUGUUAAUUCAUUAUAUUCCCAAAUAGAAAAGCACUGAGAACCAUAGAAAUACUAGGCCUUACUUGGUAAUGUAAUUUCUAUAUUUUUGUCUAUGUGCCUCCAUUCUAACUCCCUGUUUCCUCAUACUUUCUUUUCCUGCAUUAGGAGUUUAUUUUUUGCCUUAAAGAUUAGUUGGUUUUCUUCUGGCACCAGUAGUGAGAGCACUGGUUUCUCUUUUCCCCUGAAGGUCAACUGUAUAAUGUGUUAAGUUGCCACUGGCUGUAGGCCUAGGAGUCUGAGACUACACUUGAUUCUGGGUCAGGCUUCAAGAAGGAUGACUUUUUACUGUGUUCAGGGAGUAUAGAUAUUUGGGUUGGAAACUGACUCUUCUGCUUCCUUUUAGUAUAAGGAGAAAGCUUAGUGAUCAUACCAUAACUCUGUUGCUUGCAGUGGUGCUGACUGGGGAGCAAGUGUGUCUCAAACUGAAAUGACUUCACAGUAUAAUCUGGCAUGGAAAAAAAUGGACUAGACAGAGAAUCUUGUCAAUUUAACAACCGGAAAAAAAUAUGCAGCUGUGUAUUUGAGAUCACAGGAAAGCAGUGGGAGAGAUGAUCCUUGGGUUUCUCUCAGGGCAGUGGGAAGGAGGUAAAAUAGAGAGAGGAGGAAGAUCUAGAAUCUGGAGUAGAGAUGUAGUCAUUGUUAGUAGUGUACUGCCAUGGGGUACUGGCUAAAGUUAAUGUGCAGUGUACUCACUGUUUGCUCUAUUCAUCAGUGUUAGUAUGUAUAGUAUAUAUAUAGUGUCUGCCUUUACCUAAGAGAUCUCUGAUGCAUCAGAAGAGCCUUUAAGAUUGCAUAGCACAAGCUCCUAGCAGUGUCCGAGAAUGAAUAAUUACACAUUUGAAAGUGGAAUCUUCUUUUUUAGACCAAAAGUUAUUAAUUUACUGUGAUUCUAGUUGAUGAACAAUAAACAGGCAUUUGUUUUCUA